GUCCCUUUCUUUGCUUGCUUUCCCCUCCCCCCCAGCCCUGAGCAUCGCCCACUCCCCAUAUUUCCCGUGCUGACCCUCCUCCCCUGUCCCAUGAGUUAUCACCCUCAGCCUCCUUCCCUAAUCGUUAGCCUGUCUCCCAGUUUUCCUGUCAAUAUUUACCUUUCCAUCGUCCCAUCCCCCUCCUCCCCUGACUUCCUGGUGGUCACCAUCUGUGUUAACCCAUCCUCUGCCCUCCCCUUUUCCCCCACUCUCCAGAGUGGGUGGAUGCUGAAAAAGCUGGCCGAGAAAGUGGGGAGGAAAGGUCUCCAGUUCGCACGGGGGAGGGCUGGCCCCAGGGCAGCUCUGGCUCCCCGGGGAGUGGGUUACAUCCCUCACACACCUUGCCCAGCGCUGCCCUGCUCCCUGGGGGGCUUCUAGGGUCGCCUGGCGCCACCCCGAGGGUGACCAGGAGCUCUUUAGCACUGGGCAGCCUCUUGGACUGGAUUAGCCACGUUAGAGCUGAGUCUUUUCACUGUAUCGGAAGUUCUGUUUGACUGGACUUGCUCACCCAUUGGCCAUGAAUUUGAACCCUAUUCCCCAGAGCCAGCUGACCUUUAAGAUCUGGAGUUGCAUGUUGUUUGAGUGCAGAACUGCCAUGAGAUGAGGGCAGAAAUGAAACAGAUGAAAAUGAACAGAGGUGUGAAGGAAGCUGGAAGUUACUGUGGCCACUGGGACAGGAGCUGGUGGGGGUGGGGGAAUCCAUGUCCUCCCCACUGCGGGACUGGGGAGUUGUCCCUGGGUGCUAUGUGUCAAAUGUUUGACCAGUACUUCAUGAACUGUCAGUCACCAGACAAAUGUGAGGGUUUCUUUUAGCGUCACAUUUCAGCUGUGAGAGUGUUAAUCCUAUGGGCUCAGGGACCUGCCAGCAUGUUUUGGCUAAAAGUAUCUGACAGGUUUGGACUGCCUAAAAAAUCCUUUCACAGUAACCAACCCCACUUCUAACGUGACAUAAACAGCUCCUCCCACCCUGCUCACAGUGACUUUGGCCGAGAGUGGAGUGGCGGGCACAGACGUUCAUCAAUGCCGCCCUUGGCAGCACCCAAGGGACAGUGGCAGCCAUGCCUCCCCCUGCGCCCCCGUGCUAACCUGCAUGGUGUGGGUGCCCUUGGGACCCCAGAGGACUGACUGUCUGAUCUUGCUUCACACCCCCAACGUCAACUCCUCCAAGAUGUCUCUCGAGUGGCUGGUGGCCUGGAGCUGGUCGCUGGAUGGCCUGAGGGACUGCAUCGCCACGGGCAUCCAGUCCGUGCGGGACUGCGACACCACUGCCGUGGUCACCGUGGCCUGCCUGCUGGUCCUGUUCGUGUGGUACUGUUACCACGUGGGCAGGGAGCAGCCCCGGCCCUAUGCCGCCGUCAACCCGCUCAUGCAGAGCCCGGAUGCCAACGGGCUGCAGAACGGGUAUGUGUACUGCCAGUCCCCCGAGUGCGUGCGCUGCACCCACAACGAGGGCCUCAACCAGAAACUCUACCACAACCUGCAGGAGUAUGCCAAGCGCUACUCCUGGUCAGGCAUGGGCCGCAUCCACAAGGGCAUCCGCGAGCAGGGCCGCUACCUCAACAGCCGGCCCUCCAUCCAGAAGCCCGAGGUCUUCUUCCUGCCCGACCUGCCCACCACGCCCUACUUCUCCCGGGACGCACAGAAGCACGACGUGGAGCUGCUGGAACGGAACUUCCAGACGAUCCUGUGCGAGUUUGAGACCCUCUACAAAGCGUUCUCAAACUGCAGCCUCCCGCAGGGCUGGAAAAUGAACAGCACCCCAAGCGGGGAGUGGGUCACCUUUUACUUGGUCAAUCAGGGGGUUUGCGUCCCCAGGAACUGCAGGAAGUGCCCACGGACGUACCGCUUGCUCGGAAGCCUUCGGACCUGUAUUGGGAACAAUGUUUUUGGGAACGCGUGCAUCUCCGUGCUGAGCCCUGGGACUGUGAUCACAGAGCACUAUGGACCCACCAACAUCCGCAUCCGAUGCCAUUUAGGUCUGAAAACUCCCAGCGGCUGUGAGCUGGUGGUGGGGGGAGAGCCCCAGUGCUGGGCCGAGGGCCGCUGCCUCCUCUUCGAUGAUUCUUUCCUGCACACUGCAUUCCAUGAAGGUUCAGCGGAGGAUGGCCCCCGGGUGGUUUUCAUGGUGGAUUUGUGGCAUCCAAAUGUCGCAGCAGCCGAACGGCAGGCCCUGGAUUUCAUCUUUGCACCGGGACGAUGAAAACAUUCCCGUGCUGGAGCCGGCGAGAGUGGCUGUGGGUCAGCCUGGGCAGGCCAGUCUGGCCUGGCCGUGCCCGCUUAACGAGGCCGCGCUCAGAGAGCGGCCCCCACAGAGAGCGCUUCUGUGGGCUUUUUACAUCGCGCUGGGCCCCUCUCUCCUUCGGUCAUUGUAAAUGGGAAAUUCUCAGCCUGUAUUUCCUUCAGUUUUUCCUUCCGAUCAUCUGCUUCUGCCUAACAGUGCAUUACUUUGCUCCGUGACCGGAGGCUGGAGCCCCUGGUGUCUAUGUUGUGUCGCUCCCUGGUUUUUCAGUGCUCUGAAAUAGAGUAACCAAGUGGCUAUUUGUCUGAAUGUAACAACGUCAAAGUUCCUGUGGUCAUCUUAAAAGAAAACAACAAAAACAAAACAAAACAAAACAUUGCCAACCAGAGAGCUGGAGAACUGGGUCCCUGCUGCUGUCACAGUCACACGGGGCCUUCAGCCACCCCAGGGCAGGGGAGAGAUGCGGGCCCCACCCCCGGCUGGCUUCGCGGGCAGGGUGGACACGGUCAGGGUGGUGCACAGCCUCAGGCCACUGUCCCCAUCGCUCGCCUCACUCCAACCCGUCAGGUCCCCAUGGCAAAGAGCGUUUGGCGGGCGGGGCCAGAGGCCUUCUGUAAACAUCGCUUUUCUACAGAGGCUGGCGUCCUCGAGAGCCACGGUGGGGCUCCCAGGGAGCAGCUGUGGAGCGUGUGAUCCGCUUACCUCACUGCCCACAGAAGCCCUCCUCCCACACCGGGCCUGGAGCCGUCCCUGUUGUAGCGGCUUUGAGUCCACAGUGAUGCACGUUAAGACCACCAGGUCGGCUAAUAGGAGCUGCGGUGGGAUAAGACCGCCCUCAUACUCUGGGAAAGCCUUUCUCUGGCAAGACUGGAAUCGUACAUCUGACCAAAGUGUCCGUUUGCUUUGGAGUUCUGUUGCCCCUGAUUUUCCAUUUAUUUGUCUGUACAUAAAUGUUCCAACCCUGGACUCAGAGGUCGUGGAAGACUCAGCCGUGUGUCUCUGUCACUGCACAAGUACCGAGUGAUAGCGACCUCAGCUAGUGUGGACACCAGUGAGGACACUGGGAAGGCUGCAGACCCAGGGGACCCACCAUGUGUGAAAGAGUGGCCUCUAGCCACGCUAGAGAUGCCGUUUCUGAGUCCUGUGUGAUGGCAGCGUCAGGCUUGUAAAGCCACGGAGUGGAAUGGCAUCUACGGCUCGUCACACGUACGGUCCAGUGUUUAUAUCCGAACAGGGACCAGCAGCUUCGGUGAGGAAUGGCCGUCACAAGUCAACGCGAUCUGAAAUGCACUCCGCAGUUACUAGCAAGUGGACAAAGAAAACGUGUCUCCAUUUGAGUAAAAUUUCUACACAGAUGUUUUUCAGUGAUUUGAAUGCAGGAGAGAGCAGAAAUUUCCAACACUCCUGAAGUCUUUUUACUCAUGAAGUGUCUUGUUGGAGCCCCUGGGGUGCAUGACUCCUGUAUAUACCGACUGCUCUGCGUCCACACAGCCCGCGCAGGGCCCGGCUGCCUGUGCUCACGGCCGUGGUUGGGGACCAGGAGGUAAUAAAGGAUCUCGCUGAAACCAGA